UGUAGUCGUACACUUAUCCGCCGCCAUUUUCACACAGUCCACGAGCUUUCCCGCAAACAGAUCAACAAGCAUCCCCCGCAACGUUUAAGUUUCGAGACACGAGAGUGUCGCAAGCCGUGGUGCCCUUCGCACGUGCUCAACUACCACACACCUACAGAAAAAUAUAAGUUUUAGUGACAGUUUUGAUACUCCACCGACACACGCAUACCGAUGACGCUGAUUCAAAGAGUCAGCGAGGCGAAAGUGGAAAAAAUGGAUAGUUCAUCUAGAGAAGAUGGAAAAUCCUUAAGACCUGUAAGAAACAGACGGUACACACGGAGAUGUUUAGUAGCAGGACAGCGGCCACAGAAGAGGCUUUUUACUCCAGAAAUAAAACGGUAUUUGAAAGAUUGGCUCGUCAGACGGAGAGACAAUCCUUAUCCAAACCGUGAAGAAAAAAAACAGUUGUCGCGUGAAACUGGACUAACAUAUAUUCAAAUUUGUAAUUGGUUUGCUAACUGGCGGAGAAAAUUGAAAAAUGUUAAUGCAGACAGAAAUCAACUUACAUGGGGUCAUCUAAUUCGGACAUACAAUGAUCGCGCUCAAGGCAACGUGGAACAGUUCAGCAUUUGUUCAGAUGACAGCAUAUGGAGCGAACCAGAACUCACAAGUCCCGAACAUGAAACUCUAGUCAUCGAAACAAGGUUCGACAACAGUCCUGAAUCAGAAACGGCUUGUAAACAGGACGACACAGACGGAUCUUCCACGUCGCACGAGAAAUAUGAAAGUUUUAAUAACAAUUCCAAUGAAAUAGAACGAUGCGACAAGAUUGAUUGUGAUAACAAAGCAAUAACUAGCCCUGUACUAUUAAGUAAAUGGCUAGAAAGUGCAGCUAGGUUUCAGCCUAGUGAAGCAAAUUAUUCUUGGUGGGCGGAAGGAAGGCGGCGAAAGAUACGAUUAGCAGUUAAUCCCGUACGCCAUGGUAGAGACGAAGUUGAAGCUGCAGUAGCCCUAACUGCUUUAGCGUCUGCAACCAAUCGCAUUACAGCACCUUGAUCGAGAUAUAUAAAAAAAUAUUAUUUUGUAAAAUUCCUUUAAAUGUAAGUGAAACGUAUAUCCAUGAUCCCAUUAUUAUUAACGAUCUUGCUCAAGCUUGUUUCAUGUCCAUUUAUUAAUAAGUAGAUACGUAGGUACUGAUCUCUCAAAUACUAGAUUAA